CUGAGCUAAAGCGCGGCAACGGGUAUCUCUAUGCUUCCUUUACCUCUCUACCUACAUACAACUUCAACACCACGCUCACGCUCACGCCUACGCUCGCGCCCACGUCCACGUCCACACCCACACCCGUUCAGCUACUGUCCAUCCACAUCGCCUUCACAACUGCUCUUACAAAACCAACUGAUCCGCGUAUACCUCCACCUUCUGACGAUCCCACUUCAUCACACGCACCACCGCUACCACCGCCGCCGCCAUGUCCGAACGCAAAGUCCUCCAGAAAUACUUCCCACCCGACUUCGACCCCUCGAAGAUCACACGUACCAAGGGGCCCAAACCCGUGGGACCGAAGCAGCAGACCGUGCGGUUGAUGGCGCCCUUCUCGAUGAAAUGUCUGACAUGCGGCGAGUUCAUCUACAAGGGGCGGAAGUUCAACGCGCGCAAGGAGAACAGCAGCGAGAAGUACUACAACAUCAGCAUAUUCCGGUUCUACAUCCGGUGCACGCGCUGCAGCAGCGAGAUCACGUUCAAGACCGAUCCGAAAAAUAUGGACUACACGUGCGAGAAGGGCGCGAUCCGGAACUUUGAGCCGUGGAGGAAUGUUAAGGAUACUGAGGAGACCGAGGAGGAGAGGCUCAAUAGGCUCGAGGAGGAGGAGAAUGAAUCCGCUAUGGAGAAGCUCGAGACGAAGACCCUCGACUCGAAGAGGGAGAUGCAGAUUGCAGAUGCACUGGAUGAGAUUAGGACUAGGAAUGCGAGGAAUGAGAGGGUGGACGAGGGCGAGGUUAUGGACAAGUUGACGGAGGUGAAGGAUUUUGCGACGUUGGAGAGGGAGCGGCAGGAGUGGGAGGACGACGAGGCGGCGAAGAAAGCGUUCAGGACGGAGGAUGAUACGUUUGUGCGGAGGGUGGUGGAGGGAGCAGAAGAGGAAUCGUCGAAAUUUGCGGUGGCUUCGAGCUCAGCUUCCGCUGCUGCUGCAGCUCCGCCGGCGAUCGAGAUUCCGAGCUUCAAGAAGACGGUCAAGAGGAAACGGGAUCUGGGCGCCGCUCUGGGCAUCAAGAAGAAGGCGAAGCCGUUGGUCUGAACUGAACCGAGGUAGCCAUUUGUCCUAGUCUGCGUUUUAUUUUUUAUUUCCGUGUAAUGAUGCUAUGUAUUAGCCUUGCGAUGCUUGUGAAUUUCAAUAGCAUGGAGAAUUAUGCCUUCUAGCCAUCGUGUACGCGCGAACGGAACAGAGUAGAUAUUAGAGUACCGCCCCAUCAUAUGUAUUUUGAGAACUUCAGUUUCCGGCCUGCUCGUCCGUCCG